AUGUCGCAUAGAGAAGACACGCAGAAGCUUUUGAGCCUAAAGGGAAUCCUACACUCGGACGAGGGCCCCAUCGGCGACGAACCCAACUUCCGGUCUCUGCGAGACGGCCGUAGAGACGUGACUUUUGUCGGGUUUCCUCAGCUGGAUGCUAUCCGGGAAGAGAAGCUCGCGAACCUUGCAGCGGACUUGGCAAAGCCCACCAAGGAGGCUUCUCCCAAAACAAUUGUAAGAUAUCUUGACUAUCUCCCAAAGGACAAGGUCUUCAUCGUCGAGAGACUUCAAACGCAAAGGUCAUGGCGACCCGUGAGAGGUACUACACAAGACGAUGUAGUCCUCGACGUAGCUUGGGACCUCCUCCUUGCCCUCGCCUACCUCCACGCAACAGGCACCGCACACGGAGAUGUCCGCCUCCACAACAUCAUUCCCUUUCCCUCAGAAGACUCGUCGCGCGUCCGAUUCAAGCUCCUCGGACACGGCCUCGUUCCAGAGGUCAUCAGCCACAACUUGCGCAACGACGGCUACACAGCCCCUGAGCUCCGCUUCUCAGGUAAGUGGUACGCCUUCAGUGCCAACACAAAGCCGACGUUCGAAUCCGACAUUUGGAUGUUGGGUAUGGUGCUCUGGCACUGUCACCGCUUCGGCGUCUACUACGACGGCCGCGGAUCUGCUAGGGAACGGUGGGAAUCAGAUAGACUUGUCCAGCCUGACCUGACUAACGGCGCGGAAUUCGGUAUUAACCCGCUGGCUACCCGGGUCCGUGGCUGUGAGCCUUCGCCUCAUCGAUUUGUGGAGGACCUGCUCCAUAAGAUGCUCAUUCCAGACCCUAAGCGGCGAUGGACUGCUGCGGACUUGCUGGAACAGAUGAAGAUGCAAAGGAAUUACACGCCGGCGGAGGAUGAGAUCAGGCGAGACCUAGCUGAUCUUCAGGCUGCUCUGAAAGUCAAGUAUCUGCCUCGUCAGAGUCCAACCAUCCUAAGUGAACUGGGUGCUCAGUUGGUAAAGACAGUCGAGCCGAGACUUCUUGCGCCGGACGCAAGUCUACAUUGUUCAGUUCUCAAGACUUGUGUCCGUAAAGAUCAGCCAGUCAGCAACACGGCCACUUCUCACCAAUACAUGAUCAUUUGGAUAAUUUCAUUCUGUGAAGCCUCAACCAUUGUUGCUCACCAUCAAACUCGUAUUACCGAACCUCAAGUCCUCAUCUGUGAGAACAUCCGUUGCUUUAGACCAUACCUGCGUGUCGUCACACCCGUCGGCCUCAAGAAGCAUUGGCCAAUCGCUGACUAUCAUGUCGCAAGCACGCGUAGACUAGCCCGGCUCUAA